AAAUAAAUAUGCAAAUCUUCGUGAAGACCCUCACUGGAAAGACUAUUACUCUUGAUGUAGAGCAGAGCGACACUAUUGACAACGUCAAGACCAAGAUUCAGGAUAAGGAAGGUAUCCCACCAGACCAGCAAAGACUUAUCUUCGCUGGAAAGCAACUUGAGGAUGGAAGAACAUUGUCAGACUACAAUAUUCAGAAAGAAAGUACUCUCCACUUGGUAUUGAGACUCAGAGGAGGUAUGCAGAUCUUCGUUAAGACCUUGACUGGAAAGACCAUCACCCUUGAUGUCGAGCAAUCUGAUACUAUUGACAAUGUCAAGACUAAGAUCCAAGAUAAGGAAGGAAUUCCUCCAGAUCAGCAAAGACUUAUCUUUGCCGGAAAGCAAUUGGAAGACGGAAGAACCCUCUCUGACUACAACAUUCAGAAGGAAAGUACUCUCCACUUGGUAUUGAGACUUAGAGGAGGUAUGCAGAUCUUCGUCAAGACUUUGACUGGAAAGACCAUCACUCUUGAUGUUGAACAAUCUGACACCAUUGACAACGUAAAGACUAAGAUUCAAGACAAAGAAGGUAUUCCACCAGACCAGCAAAGACUCAUCUUCGCUGGAAAGCAACUUGAGGAUGGCAGAACCUUGUCCGACUAUAACAUCCAAAAAGAAAGUACCCUCCAUUUGGUCUUGAGACUCAGAGGUGGAUUCUAAAGUAAUUUCCUCAUAAUAAGUUAAAAAGCAAACUGUGAAAUACCUUAAAACUU